AUGGUUCAAGUAUUGAAUCUUCAAGGAACAUUACCAAUUCUAAGUCUGCCAAUAUUGUCUAAUUUCACUUCCUUAGAUUGCCUUACACUUAUGGGUACCCCCAUGGAUAUUAUACAAUAUAUUACAUUUAUUCCAAAGAACUUAAGAAUCUUGAUUAUUAUUCUUGAUGUUAAGGUUUUGAACUCAUUACAUAUCUAUAAUAAUGAUCCAAAUCUUCUCAAUUCAAUAAUUCCAGAUCCAACUCAACGAGUACAAUGCAUUCGAAUAGUUUGUAACAAGAUGGUGUUGUUAACAAGACUAAAUACUUUAUUACGGCGGCAAAAGAGAAGAUCUAUAACCAAUCUUGGACAUUUAUUAAAUACUAUAUUUAAACGAUUUUAUUUCAAUUUAAAAGCAAUUGAAUUAUCAAAAAUUGAUUUCAUCAUCAUUUUCCAACAUCCUAUUUAUUGUAAAGAUUUCCCAAAGUUGGGGAUCGUCUUAUUAGAUGGAGUAUCUGGGAAUCUGUUAGAUGCUUGGAGACAUGUUGUACAAAAUCAUUACAUCAUAUUAGUUAAUGAUACUUUAAGUGGAGGACUAUAUACAAUAUAUCCAUCAGGAAUUGGAUUCUGGACAACUACAAAUACAUCAAGACAUAUUGCCAAUAUAAGAAAGAAUAUGGGAUUCAUAUAA